AUGAACUUCCAGAUGCCGACACAAAGCCUCCAACGUAACAUGGACCCCCCGACAACUCAAGCACUGUCAUGGACGAACAUGACAGUGUCAUCCGAAGGCCCGCUGGGUGGGAGCGAUACAAAGGUCUACCCUCUAGCAGUGAUACUUCCCUUGCUCUCUAUUAUGUCUUCUAUCCUCGCCAUCCCGCCUUUGAUAUUGAAUGCAAAGAAUCGCAACUUUCCAGCAGCAGUGCUGAUUUUCUGGUGUCUGAUCUUGAACUGGUUCAAUAUCCUCAAUGCUUUCUUGUGGCCGUCCGAUGAUGUCAAUUCAUGGUGGGAUGGCACUGGCCUCUGUGAUAUUGAAGUCAAGAUCAUGGCGGCUGGGUACGUUGCUGUGCCCGGGGCACUUCUGUGUAUCUUCCGCAGCCUCGCCAAUGUGCUCGACACAAGCAACGCGUUCCUGGUCCCGAGCCGAGCACAGCGAUGGCGAAACCGAUUCACAGAAGUCCUCUUCUGCGCAAUCGUCCCGGUGCUCGCGAUGGUCGCCCACAUCUUCUGGCAGAAGGACCGAUACAUGCUGUUCGCAAUCUCCGGAUGUGUCAACAAUUUUGAUGAAAGUUGGAUUAGUCUGGUGCUCGAAUGGAUCUGGCCCCCCAUGGUCUGCUUCAUCGCUGCUUAUUAUUGCUGCCUGGUUAUUGCUCGUAUCCGCAAGUACAGGCACGACUUCGAGCUCAUCCUCCACUCGGCCAAUUCGUCAAUGAGUAAAUCGCGAUUCUUGCGUCUGUUCUUGGCCGCUUUUACCAUGCUCGUCGCGAUCACCCCGUUGCAAAUUUAUGUCUUUUACAUGGAUAUCAAGCUCUCUCUGCCCUGGCAUCCUUAUUCAUGGCACGGCGGAGACGAGCUCAACUGGAAGAGCAUCCCUCGGGUAAAGACCCGCGGCUCAGUCUUCUUUGAUCGCUGGACACCAGUUGCCAUGGGAUUCAUCAUCUUCGCUUUCUGUGGCUUCGGCCGCGACGCUGUGAACUUUUAUCGCGCGGGUCUCAGGCGAUUGGGCUUGGGAUACUGUUUCCCCACUUUGGUUCACCCCCUGGACUCCCAGGCCUCUCAUAGUGCUCCCACCACCGCGGGUGGCACGACCCUGGUUGGCAGUACGCGGGACCGGGUGAGGCAGAUUUUCAAGUGGCGUAUGUGCUCAGACGCGGAUCUCGAGAAGGGCACUGCUCCUGGUGCUUCGGCCGCGAAAGAAUCAAAGUUUGCAUGGCUAAGGGUUCUGUUUCGUCGUCCUAAGGUUGUGCGUCCUGAACGGGGAUUCUUGAUUCGAAACUUGACCGUCCCGGUUCAGACGGUUGCGACAAGUGCAUGGGCGGACAGCAGCCGUCGUUCUCAGGAUGGCAGCGCGCUUGACUCCCCUAGGGUUGUGGCGAUGAAGGAUUCGUCUAUUCAUGUGCGGCAGGUCAUCAGCCAGCAGUGUGAGAUGCAAACUGCAACUACUGAAUAG